AUGGCUUCGGUAGGAUCUAAGGUGCGCCAGGCAUCUCCAAAAGUUGAUGCUAUUGUUACGGAUUAUGCUAUAGGUUAUCUUAAUCAUUUGUCGAAUGCUAUUAAUGAUGCGGUACAAUCAAAAAAUUUGGACCUAAGGAGCGAAAUAUCGUUUGUUAAAGACUUGCUAGUGGAUGCUGGUGCUAUUAAGGAUAAAGUUGAUGAGCUUGCGAAGUCUUUUGAGGCUGAAUUGCUAGAUCGGUUGAAAGAAAACCAAGCCAAGCUGGAUGUUACCGGUGAUACUUCUAAGAGGUUGCUAGAUAUUAACGUGCUUCAAAAUCACAACAGCAAGACCAAUAUCAAUGCUUCUCUGGCUAUGUUGGGUGUUAGCGAUGAUAUUGAGAGUGCCGGAAGAAAGAUUGUAACUAGAGUCGAUUUGAAGAAGUUGAAGAAGGCGGAAGAAAAGAUUGCAAAGAAGGUUGCUAAGCGGAAUAACAAGUUUGUUAAGUACGAGGCAUCAAAGUUGAUUAAUAACCAGUCUGAGGAGGAGUACGAUUCCUUUUUCUUGAAGAUUAAUCCUCUGGAGUUUGGAUCUGCAGCAGGUAAGUCGAAGGACAUCAAGAUAGAUACAUUUGAUCUGUAUGUUGGAAAUGGACAAAGGAUUUUGUCUGAUGCAAGCUUGAGUCUUUCAUUUGGUCAUAGAUACGGUAUUGUUGGACAGAACGGUAUUGGUAAGUCUACCCUACUGAGAGCAUUGUCGCGGAGAGAACUAAAUGUUCCUAAACACAUUUCUAUAUUGCAUGUCGAGCAAGAAGUAAGAGGUGACGAAAACACGGUAUUGCAGUCUGUUUUGGACGCCGAUGUCUGGCGUAAACGUCUGUUGCAUGAAGAAGAGAAAAUCAACGAAAGAAUGCAAGAAAUUUCGAAGCUAAGGUCAGAGUUUGAAGAGGAAAGUUUGGAAGUAAAAAAGCUUGACAAUGAGUACGAAGAUUUGGACCAGCACCUACAGCAAAUUUCCGAAAAGCUUGUUGACAUCGAAUCCGAUAAAGCAGAAGCAAAAGCAGCGUCCAUCUUAUAUGGUUUAGGGUUUAGUACUGAAUCGCAGCAGCGACCAACGAACUCAUUUUCUGGUGGGUGGAGAAUGAGACUGUCUUUGGCGCGUGCCCUUUUCUGCCAGCCGGAUUUGUUAUUGCUAGAUGAACCUUCUAAUAUGUUGGAUGUGCCUUCUAUUACCUACUUGGCUGAAUAUCUGAAAUCCUAUCCAGCGACUGUUUUAGUUGUGUCCCACGACCGUGCAUUUUUAAAUGAGGUGGCCACCGAUAUUAUUUACCAACACAAUGAGAGAUUGGACUACUACAGGGGACAGAACUUUGACACUUUCUAUGCCACCAAGGAGGAACGUCGUAAGAAUGCUCAAAGAGAAUAUGACAACCAAAUGGCUUACCGGAAACACUUACAAGACUUUAUUGACAAAUAUAGAUACAAUGCUGCGAAGUCACAAGAAGCUCAGUCGAGGAUUAAGAAGUUAGAGAAGCUACCUAUUUUGGUCCCACCCGAGGAAGAAAAAUCAAUUAGCUUUAUGUUUUCAGAUUGUGAUAAACUUUCGCCCCCAAUUAUCCAAUUACAGGAUGUGUCAUUUGGCUACACGCCCGACCAGCUAUUGUUGAAAGAUGUAAAUUUGGACGUUCAAUUAGACUCAAGAAUAGCGUUGGUGGGAGCCAAUGGUUGUGGUAAGACGACUUUACUUAAGGUGUUAAUGGAGCAAUUAAGGCCUAACCAAGGUUUCGUGUCCAGAAAUACGCGAUUGAGGAUCGGAUAUUUUGCGCAGCAUCAUAUAGAUGCUAUGGAUUUGACAAAGUCUGCUGUUGAUUGGAUGUCUGAAACAUACCCUGGAAAGACAGAUGAAGAAUAUAGACGUCAUUUAGGUUCUUUUGGUAUAACCGGCAGUUUAGGUUUACAGAAAAUGCAGUUGCUAUCCGGUGGUCAGAAGUCCAGAGUCGCUUUCGCAUCGUUAUGUCUGAACAGUCCUCACAUCUUAAUCCUUGACGAACCUUCCAAUCACUUGGAUACUGCAGGUAUAGAUGCCCUUAUUGCGGCGUUAAAGAAGUUCACUGGAGGUGUACUAAUGGUUUCGCAUGACAUUUCCUUCAUUGACAAUGUAUGCAAUGAGAUCUGGGUUUCCGAGGAUGGUACUGUUAAGAAGUUCAAUGGUACUAUUCACGAUUAUAAAGAGUAUAUAUUAGAGAACGCAGGUGCAGCAGGUAUCGUUAAAAGACAUUGA